GUGGGCAGUUUCCCAGAGACUUAAAUUGAUCCCAGAGUUGCAGGUCGCAUGUUCGGUUCCUGAGGCUGGACAAGCAUUCAGGGUUUUCAAUACAGGGUUCGUACAGAUCAUGGAAAUCAUGAAAGGUCAUGAAACUGAAGGACUUCAUUUUCCAGGCUUGAAAAGUCAUGGAAUUUAAUUGUCGGUGAUGGAAAGUCAUGGAAAAUUAAAGUUAUGUUGAAUAGAUUAGAUAUACUGCAGAUGUCAAAGCAAGGAAAAUGUAAGAUAGAGAUGAUUAAUUAAAUGAGACGGGUUUUAGUGGACACCAGGGUUUCUGUCUGUUGAACUAAGUUAGGUCAAAAAGUACCCUUACACAAGGAUUGUUUUGAAUAUAUUCGAAAGUGACAGCUAGCUUUAAGGUUAUAAAAACGUAAAAAAAAUGGAAUUUGAAGAGCUCAGAAGAGUACGAACCUUGAAAAUAGCAAACAUAUAAAACUACUGCAACACGCCCUCGUCGCUUAGAUGAUCUGUCUUCUCCUACAUGUAAUACCAAUAACGCACAUGUGCUCCUUGUACACCUAUUUUCUCUACUUAUUCAGCCAUCAGUCUUAGUGCUGUGCGGCAGGUAGCAGUGACAAAAGCAGAUCAAGUUCCUACAUUGCCAUCCAUUAUUCCCUACCUUGAAGCUUCUAACAAUCAGGAAUAUCUAGUACAACGUCUGUCAGGUUUGUAUUUCCUUUGCCUGUAGAUUUAAAAGUAAUUCACUCGGAAAAAAAAGGAAAAUAAAGCGGGUUGGUGAUCCUUUAGAACUUAUGGUCACGGACCAGCACGUGUUCAUGUCACGUGAAACGACACGUGAUCGUGCUUUUUCUGCCUUUUUGAUAUUUAGCUACAAGUAUGCUUGCAUGUUGUCGCUUUCAAUGCAACCUAAUUUAAUGUCACACUUCCGCUCCUUUGCGCUAACUGUUGCCUCAACGGUAGUGUACUCGGUGACAACGCAUGGUCGGAAAUGUUGCGACAACAUUUUCUUGCAACUGAAUUUUAUAUUGCGUUCAUUGUCUAAAAUGUUGCGAUGUUGGCCAACAUGACAAUGGCAGAAUGUGAAGCGUAAGCUUAAGGACUCGCGUUUUUCGGGUCGUCAAACAGGCGGAGUUUUUUUCUUCUCUCGCGACCCUGUGUUACCUUUAUUGUGGCUAAUCAAAAUUUUCUACAUUGUUUGUCACUUUAGAGCUUGCCCAAGGUGGUUGUAUGGGCCUGUAUCGCUGGAAUUCAGGAGGUCAAUACAGAGGAAAAUUAUGGGAACAGGAUCUCUUAGCUGAUUCACAGGUUUGCUUUGACCUUGCUUUUGUCAAACAACAACUACCACAAAAUUAGGGACUUGAAGAUCCGACGACGCGAUGGCAGCGAAAGCGUCGCUUAAAAAGUGAAUUUACAUUCUUCCAGUCUUUAUCCGGCGCGAUUACCGUCGUAACAUGUUCUUAUUUUGUGCAAACGUAAAAUGUUUGGCGCCAAACAUUCGAAGUUUGGAGUAGGCGGCUGUUAUUGACUUGAUUUGUUAAAAUAUUCCUUGCAAGAAUUUUUAGACACCCUAUUAGAACAGACUUAGGUGCAACCUUUAGAAAAAGUAGGCGAACCCACCUGGUGCGGAAAAAAAUUGCUUCGUCCCUUGUUUACGUCCUCCAUAAAGUGUAAAAUUAGGCAAUUUCACGUCGUAGUCGUGCAAACACGGCAUAGAAAUGACUUUCGUAAUUUCCUUACGAGAACAGAAAAUGUCUUUCGAGACAAAAAGAAGUAGCACAUUGAUUCAAAUAGGAUAACUUUCUUUAGAGAAAUUGUUAUUUAUUGUUGUGUUACACACUGUUAUGGCUCAAAAAUCAUUGUUUAGCAAUUGUCCAGUCCGUUGACCUUGUAAAUAUGGUGCAACUCAUGCACAUUUUGAGCAGAUUAAAACAGGACACCUACUCGUCGUUGUGGUUGUUUACAAUAUUAUCUUAACGUUCAAAAGGCAUAAUUUCACAGAUCAGCUAGUCUCUUGAAUCUGCACCUGAUAGACAUUCGGAGGCAGAUUCAAACGCGUUACCUUUUGAUAAAAAAACUUCAUUGUUUGCUGUUGUUUUUUACCGUCAUGAAUUAAUAUGAAUAUUCAGGAAUUUGUAUCCAUCAUUCGAUCUUAACUAUCGUUUACUUUAUGAUAUUUUCGAUGUCUGUUAUCCCGAGGGCUUGUACAUGUUAUUAUUCAGUUAAUAGAAGGAAUGAAGCCUGUCCAAUUUGCAUUCUACUUUGCAGGAGUAGCCACAUGUAGUCAUCGACUACCUGUUUUUACAGAAUCUGUUACGAUUCGGUUUGAAAAUCUCAAUAUUGAGCGACAGGCCUAUCCGUUAAACAAAAUUUUAAAGAAUUCUCAAUAAAAUGUUUCCUUUGGAGCCUUAAUUUUUCGACAUAGAACUCACAGAGUACUCAGCUGAAUCUGUGCAGCUGACAAGUCUUCCGGGCCAUCUUUCUUUUUUUUUAAUGGUCUAACUACAGGAGUUUGUCGACAGAUAAAAACGUUAUAACGACCUUACUAUACUCCUUAAUUGACUUUGGGAGUCAAAGGCUAUCGGUUAUGUCAAACUAAUUCCGUAGUCUAGUCGUUGGAACGAUUAGUUGACUGUUCUGUUAAGUACGAAGACACCAAACCGAAGAAAAGGACCCCGCGUAGCUCCGCGUCGCGUACAUAAUGCAAACGAUGAUUUUUUUUUUAUUUUCAGUUGCUGUUGCACAUGUUUUGUACAUAUAUGGAUUCGAGGCUACCCGCAGACCCCUCAUUCCCGGAUGGAAGAACAUUCACAGGAUUACAUUUCCUCAAGACACCGGAUAAACCGAGUAAGUCUCACAUUUAACUAAUUUGUUCUUUGAAAAGCGAAGGCCUUGUGGAAUUAAAACAAAAAACUCUUCAAGUAUACAUACAAGCAGAACUAAACGCGGCUCUACUCGUAGAGUGGCUACUAUUGAUAUGUGACUAUAUGUAAGAGAAAUUGUAGGGAAUUACAGAUAGGCAAGCAAAUGAUGGGCGUCAUAAAUGGCCUUUGCUUGCUGUUCUGGAACGUUUACUGAUAUGAUUUUCUCCUUUUAAAGGAGAGAAUUGUGUUAAAUAGUCCUCCUUCGUGUCGUCCUUGUUAAAUCUUGUUUGAACUAUUGUACAUGCAAGCACAUGAAUUAUAAAAAAGUUAAAAAGAACAUUUUAUUCAAUCUGAUACGUUAUGAUGCUUUUGUUUGAAGGUGCUCGGAAGAGUGACCUGUGUAUUUACCAAUCCCGUCUUCACCCACCUCACUUCAAGGUAUAGAACAAUUAGAGUAAAAAACCUACAGUUAUUAUUAUUUUUUUAAUUCUAGGUCUUUGCGACGAAGGUAUACUGAGCUUGAUAGUGGGGUCUAGAUGUCUCAAGUUUUGAAGCUUGUUGCUUCUGAUUUGACACUAAAUUCACUGGGUCAGCAUUAUAUCCCAUUGGCCCAAAACCUUUGGUCACCUUAUGAAGUUUACGUAACCUAGUAUUCUUUCUUGCUUCCAUACUACACUUAAAUGAAAUUCUGCUCAGCAAAUGUUCAUCAAAGUGUAUCUCUCUUCUAUUUUCAAGGAAAAAAAAUCCGAAGAGCGUGAGUGGGUAUCGAACUCGGAGUGUGAGGUCUGCAGGUUAUCACCUUACCGCAAGGCCACAGAGGAUUGGCUGGCUAGAGAUGAUUUGGUUUGAACUUGAAAAUCAACAACCCUAACCCUAAAUAGAAGCUAACCGUUUCCAGUCAGUGCUUAACCCUAAUCACUAUUUCAGUGCCUAACCCUAAUCAGUAUUGCUUAUCCUUAAUCACUACAGUCAGUGUGAGUCUUGCGUUGUGUAAACUUCAUAAGGUGUCCGAGGUGGGUUAGGCCGAUGGGAUCUAAUGCUAACCAAUUCACUGUGGCACUUUGGAAACGGGAAAGAAACUGGACCGAGUUAACUUUCGCAGAGACUUGUGGGACUGUAACUAAGGAACGGAAAAAAAAAUUGGUCAUAGGUGACCGGCGUGUUCCCAGUAACGAUGGUAAAAAUAGUAGAAGGCGCAUUUACCCUCCAGUUCCCUUUUCGUUUUUGCAGUGGCAAAUAUAUAGAAAAUAAUUGCAGAUAUCAUGACUCAAUUCUUUCGAUAGGAGAGUUGAACGCUUUGUGUGUUUUUUCCUUAGGUCAUAAUUGAAGAUGAAGUUUAUGAUAUGCCUAAGGUACUACCAGUUUUUUCUCUGCUGUUUUUUAACAAAAUGUUGUUUUUCGCGCUUAGUUUUAUUCAAACUGGCCGUCUUCACUUAUCAUACACUCUCUCGGUAAAUUACUUUCUAAUUGCAAAAAGACAUCCACUUUUCAAGGCAUCAUUCUUUUUUUGUUGUUUCAGGGACAGAACAACUUGUUUCACACAAUAAUUUUCUUUCUCCAUCACGUAAAAACCAAGCACUAUGGAAUGUUGGGGUGAGUUGUGUUGCUUGGUUUUAUAACUUCCAAUCCAAUCCUUUAAACAGUCUUUUUGCGCCUCUUGAAUAGCCUUCAAAAGCAUGCAACCGCUUCUAAGCGCGGGAAACUUUCCUGCUUCAGCACAGGUCUCAUGCUUUUGUCAUGAUUCAUACUAUUUUCCAGUUUUACUCGUGAUUGGUUAAAAACAGCACCUGCGACUGUUGAAACGUCUGUAACCGAGAACGAGCGCGCAUUACAGCCAAAGCACUUUUACUCACGGUCGGGUCCUUUUUAAGGGUUUGGAAAGUUGUUUAACCCUUUAAACCCUAGGAUCAAAAUUUGAAUUCUCAUUUGUUGCCCUGAUUCAUUUCCUACAGAAGUAGCGGGGAGAAGUUGAUAAAAUAUCAAGCAAAUUCAUCUUUUGUGAUCAUAUCAGUAAUUCUCAUGACCACUCUGUUUUACAAAGCAUUGAUAUUACAAGGAGAAAUUUGAUGCUCGUCACUCUUAGGGCUUAAAGGGUUAAGUUUAAUCCAAGGUUAAAGUAAAUUUUAAACGAUGUUGUUUUUUUCGAUGAACAUGUAGCUGGAGCUAAUAUAAGAUUGUCGAGCCUUUACUCUGAGAUCCAGCAAAGAUAGUACGAAAAGAUGCUCUAAGAAAGUUUUAAAUAUUGAUGGAAUGUAAAAACAGUCGUAGAUUAGUAUAGGUAAUAGCAUGAUUAGUAGUGAUAUUUGGCAUAAAUACCACGAGUGAUAUUUCAAAAAUUGUUAUACGUAAUUUCACGAGCCGUUAGGCGAGUGAAAUUUGAGACAAUUUUGAAAUAUCACGAGUGGUAUUUAUGCCAAAUAUGAUGUACAAAUCAUUCUAUUAUUUGUUUAUACUACUACCCACAAAAGGUUGUAAUUUUCACAUGUAGGUAUUUCAAAUUAAGCUGAAAUACCACUGCUCUAAGCCAAUCAAAUCGCAGAAAUUUCUCAUGUAGUAGUAUAAAAGGUUAAACCCCAGAUUAGUGCUCAUCGACCAGUAAGGACCUAGGCCCCGAUUGGUUGAGAAGCAGCAACUAUUCCAUUAUUUUAUAGAGCACAAUUUUAAAAUUUUUGACCCCUGCCAAUCAAAAGGGCUUAACUUUCAACAGUGGAGUAAAUGUCAACCCCCCUUUGGUUUCACAGGCGUGUUAACUUGGGAAUGUCUGGCGUGAAUAUUCUCUGCAUUUUGAACAAGAAAUGAGACGCUC